GUGUACCAUUUAUUAGGUAACCAUAUAGUACAUGUAAGAACAUCUUGAGGAAACCUUCUUUAUCAACAGUUAGUUCUAGCUAUGAAGUGAUUUUCAUUGUGUACUACAUCAACUUCUGUGGUAGUGUCUUAUUCAAGUUCAUCUACGUUCAUGGAUUCCCAAGGUGAGCUUAAUUUGUACACUGGUAAUGUGUAAUUGUUAUGGUAACGUAGAAUCUGGGAAUUGCUUUUAUUUAAACACAGUAUAUGCAGGCUAUAUACUGAGUUGAUUUUCAAUUUUGCUUUUCUCAGAUCUUUGUAAAGCAGCUAGAAGUAGUAGGAAGGAGAAGCUUAUCCGGAAGAGAACAACUUAUGCCAUUUCUCAGAGCAGAGAAGAUGAGAGGAUUGGUAGAGGUAAAUUUGUUGUGUAUUUGCAAUGCUCUUGGAAUUCUCAACGAAUUUCAUAUUAAUCAUUACAAGUAACUAAAUCGGUUCACCAAUUUCUUAUACCAUUCAUUGGAUGACAAUUUAUAUGAAGAAUAAUUUCAAGUAUUUCAGUUUCAAAGAGCAGGAAGUCACCUCCAAGUUCUAUCUUAUUUGAUAUCACCAACAUCAAUAUUAGUGGGAAUCUUGGAGGCUUUAGUCGUCCGAAUGCAGGUACAACAAUCAAUAACCAAUGUUCUACCACUAAUGUCCCUCCCACAGCCGGGGAAACCUCAACUAUUUGUUCAAGUCGUUCUUUGUUUUACAUUUCUCCAGAUAGUGUGUCUCAAGGAAAAAUUGAAUCAGCUGCUAUAAGGUUGAAGAGAUCCCAAUAUAUUAAAACUAAAGGAUGCAGCAAUGUUUUGAACAAAGGAAAUUUCCCACGUGUUACUGCUGGCAAAGGGAAUAAGUCAGUGGGAUCAAGACUUAAACAAGGUCAUUCAGUUCGGAAGGAGAACAACAAAUCAUUUGGGAUAUCAAGUUUGGGAAACUAUACUCAAGCAAGUUCAUCCAAUAUAGAGGUGCCUGUCACAUUUCCUAUUUCAGGAAAAUAUAUUUGUAGGCAGCUGAUGAACGAGUUCAAUGCAGAAUGUGACCCUCAACUACAUGUUUCUAAUCUAUAUGAAGAUGCUGAGCUGAUAGAUGAAGUAGAUCUUGGUGAUGCGUCAUAUGUAUGCUCUUACUGCAAUGCCCUUAUGUGGUUUGAAGAACGUAUAUGUAAAAACAAUCGCAAUGUAAGUCCUGAAUUCACACGUUGUUGUAUGAAAGGAAAGGUGGUGCUUCCACUUAUCUCAAAACCACCACUACUUCUAUAUAAUCUGUUACAUGGAAUAGAUAACCGGUCUAAACAUUUCAAGGAGAAUAUUAAAGCAUAUAAUAGUAUGUUUGCGUUUACGUCAAUUGGUGGGAAGGUAGAAUCAGCUGUGAACAAUGGUGGGGGCCCUCCCCAAUUUGUUUUGAGUGGUCAAAAUUACCAUAGAAUUGGUACACUAUUGCCACAAGAUGCUGAUACUCCAAAGUUUGCUCAACUAUAUAUGUAUGAUACGCACAAUGAAAAUGACAAUAGAAUGAAGCAUUUUGGUGGUGGAAGCACGGGUGAGAAGUUGGAUAUUUCUUUAGUUGAUGACUUGAAGCAAAUGAUGGAUAAGAACAAUGUGUUAGCCAAAUCAUUUCGCAAAGUGCGAGAUUAUCUAAGGUUUGAGGAGUCUACAUCAUUGGCAUUGCGACUUUUCAGAAAACAAGCUAAGGACCCCCGGACAUAUAAUCUUCCUACUUCUGACGAGAUUGCAGCUCUUAUUGUUGGAGAUUUGGAUAAUAUUGAGGUCGGUAGGGAUAUUAUUGUAAAAAAAAAUGGUGUGUUGUCUAGAAUUCAUGAGACUCAUACUUCAUUUAUUCCUUUACAAUAUCCUCUGAUAUUUCCUUAUGGGGAAGAUGGGUGGCAAGAAGAGAUUCCUUUGUCUGGUAUUGCAGCAUCGACUAGCUCACGCCUUAAACCGCGCGUCACUUUGAGAGAAUUUAUUACUUUCAGAAUACAAGAAAGGAAAAGUGAGCAUGGUAAUGUGUUAUUUUCUAGAAGGCUUUUCCAAAAGUUUGUGGUUGAUUGUUUUACUAUGAUAGAAUCUCAAAGGCUAUCUUAUAUUCGCAAUAACCAAAAAAUGAUUCGAGCUGAUUUUCUUAGUGGAAUUGAAGAAGCCAUGUCAAGGGGGGAAAUGGACCCAAGUUCUAUAGGUACCCGUAUUGUGUUGCCUUCAUCUUUUACUGGUGGGAAACGGUACAUGUUUGAUUGUUGUCAAGAUGCUAUGACUAUAUGCAAACGAUAUGGUUAUCCUGAUCUCUUCAUCACUGUAACUUGCAAUUCUGCUUGGAAUGAAAUAGAUAGAUUUGUUAGACCGCGGAACUUGCGCCCUGAUGAAAGGCCAGAUGUUUGUUGUCGAGUUUUUAAAAUGAAGCUUGAUCAUUUAAUAGCUACGUUGAAAAGUGGUAUUAUAUUUGGUCCUUUGGAUGCAGGUAUGUAUGCCAUUGAAUUUCAGAAAAGAGGGUUGCCUCAUGCACAUAUCUUGCUAUGGCUUUCGAAGGAUCACAAGUUAGUUAAGUUACAACUUCUGACAUAGAUAAAUUCAUCUCUGCUGAAAUCUCUGAC